AAAAGUGUUUCCAUUGCAGUUUUGCGAACUGCAGAACUGCCUUUAUCGUAUUGCCUUAAAAAAUACGGUGAGAACUUGCGAUACAUGCAAAAUUGACGUGUUUCCAUUGGGCGUACUUUCAAUGCGCUAUUUCAAUUUGCGCAAACCUGGCGAAAAUUGGCGUUUUGAAAAUAUAGCUUCAUUGUCCUGAACGACGCACCGUAGAAUCUACAGCGCAGUCCAGGAAAAAGCAAACGACUGACUAAUCUUUAUCAAUUAGAUGUCAAAAUGCGGUUCCGAUUUUGUGGAGAUCUGGACUGUCCCGACUGGGUCCUUGCAGAAAUAAGCACCCUAGCAAGAGUAUCUAGUGUCAAGAUGAAACUUCUCUGCGUGCAAGUCAUUAAAGAUCUUCUUGAUGAGGGCAUCGAUUAUGACAAAGUUUCAAAACUGACGUCAGACGCCAAAUUUGAGAGUGGAGAUAUCAAAGCCAGUAUUGGCGUCCUGAGUUUUAUUUUGUCUAGUGCUGCAAAGCAUGAUGUAGAUGGUGAAUCUCUCUCUAGUGAACUACAGCAACUUGGCCUACCCAAAGAGCACACCACAGGAUUGUGUAAAUCAUAUGAGGAUAAGCACAAUGCUCUACAGGAGAAGCUAAGAGAGAGCAGUCUACGCUUGGGUCAUCUAGAAGCGGUGAACUGGAGGGUGGAUUACACCCUGAGCUCCAGUGAAUUAAAGAAAGUCAAUGAGCCCACCGUUCAGCUCAGGCUUCAGGCACAGAACCCAGAGACCGACUCAACAGAGACCACUGUUGUCUCAAUCACAGCUGACAAGUUCAGAGUACUGUUAACAGAACUCAAACAAGCACAGACUAUCAUGAAUUCACUGCAGUGAUAAUCAUUUGCUGAAUUGUUUAAAUAUUCAUGUUUAUGUGCACUGAAUCUGACUUUGUAUGUAUAAAUGCACUGUUUUUGUAACAUUAAAUUGCAACAUAUAGAAGGGUUGGACAUCUACAGAUGUCUGGUUUGUGCUUGGCCUUGGUCUCUUUGAUUAGUCAUCUGUUGUUGAGCAGUGACGAGACAUCUGGUUACACACAUGGUGGAAAUGAGUAUGAAACAGACCUUUUCUUAGCUCUUCCGGUCUAUAAAUAAGGGUCUUAAUUUUGCAUUGUCUGGCCUUUGACUACCAAUGACUCAUGUCAUUAAAAACAGAGGUUUUCUAAAUCAACCAGAUUUAUUAUUUUAUUCACAUUUGUUUUUCAUCAAUCUCUUAAUGAUUAUUUUAGAACAUUUAGUAUUCAAAAUAAUAUAGAUUAACAUUUUAUUUUAUUAUUUCUCAGUAUUAUUUCUCAAUAAAAUUAAUUAACGGCAUCAUGAUUUUGUUUCGAUGAUUGUGUAAGAGUCUUAUUUUGAUGUAAGUUUCUGUAGUACCCAGUUUUUUUUGGUGUUGUUUAUAAAUGAAGAGUUUGGUUCCAAAAUGAGUUAACUCAUUGUGUUUUAUUGUGUUAGUUUGCUGUAUUUUUUUUUUUUCAAAACAAACCAACUGCAGUUUGAUAUAUAU